UGAAAAAAGGACUUCCACAUCUAAGAAGCCCUUUUUUUCUUCAAAAAACAUCAAUGGAAGUGAAGUCGAAAAACUAUCUCUUGAAUUGCUGAAUCAGCGAAGAAGAAGAAGAAGAAGAAGAAGAAGAAGAAUUGAAUUCCAUUGCUGAAAGCUCUGCGUUUGGGAAAUCAAAGAGCCAUGUCGUUCAUGAAGGGCGAUUUGCUUACCAGAACGAGAAAGCUCGUCAAGGGUUUGGCCAAGGCCGAACCCCUUUGGCUCAAAGCCAUGGAACAGGCUCCACCCGUGACAUUUCCCCGUGCUGAUAGCAAGAUUAAGCAGAUCAGUCUCCCUGAGGAUGUUUACAUCAAAAAAUUCUUUCGGAAGCAUCCGGAUUCUAAACAUGAAGAUGCUAUCAAGAUUUGUGGAUUUGAACCCGUUCCUGCUCGUGUAUUUGGUUGGCGGGUGCUCGAGUUAAAGGAGCAGGGAGCGAGUGAGGAGGAAGCUAUGGCUGUCGCUGAUAUGGAAUAUCGGGCAGAGAAAAAGGGCAAGAAGAAAGCAUAUGCUCGAUUGAAGCAAAUUGCACGUCUUCAAGGAAAGAAACCCCCUCCAAACCCAUACCCCAGUGCUAUCAAGGAGAUACAGGCUGAAGAGAGGAAGUAUGUCCGUGACCGUUUCUUCGAUCCCAAUAUAUUGAAAAUUGUGGAGAAGCUGAAAGAGGAGAAGGCAGCUGAGAUGCAAGACAGAAUGAGAGGGGGUGGCUGGUGAAAGCGGCAUGACACUUGAAAACUAAGUGUCAUCUUUUGUUUCUUUGUGUUUGAGUUUUAACUAAUAUUUUCAGGUACUAAGCCACCAGAUAUGUUUUAUCUGGAUUUUGUCUAGGAUUGUUGUGAGUGAAAGCAUCAGAGCAAAUGAAUUAGAAUUGACAUUUCAAUGUAAUAGAUGGUGCUAGGUGAAAUAUGAUACAUGCUGGCUUUGUUGAUUUAGGUUGUGCAUGAAUAUUUCACUGUCAAUUGUUUAAGUUCAUGCUCAUUUGGUUAGUGUUGGCUGGGAAAACUUCUUUUUUUUUUUUCUUUUUCUGAGAGAUCAAUAUGACACUGGACUUCUUUUGAUA